UUGUCUUGGUUGAGCUUACGAUACGUAAAUUUGGUCCAAAAGAACAUUAUUAUUAUUAUUAGAUGGUUUUAUUAGUUUAGGCACAGCUUUAAUUAAAGGUAUUUAUUUUUGUACCUAAGUAAAGAAACAUAACCCAGCUAGCUAGCUACUCUAAAUUUGUUAAAAUUUUUGUAUUUUUUUUCAUAAAAAUUUUAAUAUAUUUUUGUUCUUGGGUUGGGUUUCUAGAACUUUGGAAUUUAUUCCCUAAAUUUACGUUUCUUCGAUAUAGUUUUCUUCCAGAUUUACCCUUAUCCAUCUGUGAUUUCUUCCUACCCAGUCCAGUAGAACCUUGGAUGAUUUUCUGGAUAGUUUGAAAGGUUGGUGUUGCUUGUCCUACCUAUUACACAAAUUCUGCCUUUAGCGAUUACUGUUUUUGGGCUUUCUAUUCUAGGGUUCUGGAUAGGAUUUGGAUUAGGGUUAGGGUUAGGGUUAGGGUUGGAUCUGCUCAACCAGAUUCACUAUUAUUCUUAUUAUUAUUAAAAUUAAUUGAAAUUAAUGAAAUUUUCACGAGGAUUUUAAACACAAAAAUUAAAUCAGCUUCUGGGGUUUUUUUAGUCAAUUGGGUUGAAUAGUUGGGUUGUUUUUAUAAUCUGGGGUCUGGUCAAAUGAUGAAGUUCUGAGCUGGGUUUAGCUCAGAGGUGUUUCUCAGACGUUUGGAUCAACAAUUUUGUUUCCAGCAUUAUUGUACCUUGAAAGCUUACCUUUUCUUCUUGCGGGUAGACUGGCUUCCUUCACAUUUUUGCACGAAAAUGCUCAGCAAUCUGGAGUAACUUUUCGGAGUUAGGUUGCUUAGCAGUUCAGUGCUUUGCAAGGUUCCCUUGUGACUUCUUAACUAUUGCUUGUAAAGUGAAGUUCAUAUGCCAAAAGAGAAGUCAUUGUGCUCCUGUCGAUAUUCAUUGGUUAAGCGAUUGAGCAUUUAGUUUUAUGUCCAAUGGGGACAGAGCUCAUGAGAGUUUGCAUCAAAGAAGACAAUGAUGACUUCCCUCCAGUUCCACCAGGUUUUGAAUCAUUUACUUCUUUCAACUUGAAGAGGGUAAAUGAUACUGAAAGCCAAGAGAGUAAAAACAUGCCUGGUUGUUUAUCCUCUACUGGUGCUUCUGAACCACAGUCAAUUAAGAUAGAAACUAAUACUGAUGCUAGUGAUACUACUGUAAAGAUCACCAGGUCUGUCCGCCGUAAACCAUGGAUAAACCACGGGCGAAAUGAUUACAAUCCCGAGGAUGAGUGUGAUUCUGAGCGAAUUAAUCAAAGGUAUCACCUCCCCAAGGGUGUAUUCCGUGGAUGUACUGAAUGUAGUAGUUGCCAAAAGGUUGUUGCAAGAUGGCGUCCUGAGGGUGCUCGAAGACCCGACAUCCAGGAUGCUCCUGUCUUCUACCCAACUGAAGAGGAGUUUAAAGAUACUUUGAGAUAUAUAGCGAGCAUUCGGGCAAAAGCUGAACCCUUUGGAAUAUGUCGAAUUGUUCCCCCUCCUUCUUGGAAACCUCCUUGUCCACUAAAGGAGAAGAAGAUUUGGGGGAAUUCCAAAUUUGCUACUCGUGUCCAGAAAAUUGACAAACUUCAAAAUCGAGAUUCUCUGAGAAAAAUGUCAAUAAAUCAAAACCAAAUGAAGAGGAAAAGGAGGAGAUGCUCAAGAAUGGGGGCUGAUAGCUCGCCUGGUAAUAAAGGACUUGGUGAUGCUGGAUAUCAGGAAGCAGAAACAUUUGGGUUUGAACCUGGUCCAGAGUUUACUCUUGAAACAUUUGAAAAGCAUGCAGGUUAUUUCAAGAGUCAAUACUUCAGCGGCAAAAAAGCAGAUGUUGCUGAUGUUGGAGGUAACUUAAGUAUUCUUAAAGAACACAGUGAACCAUCUGUGGAAAAUAUUGAAGGGGAGUAUUGGCGGAUGGUAGAGAAGCCUACAGAAGAAAUUGAGGUGGUAUAUGGGGCCGAUCUAGAAACUGGAUCUUUUGGUAGUGGCUUUCCCAAGAUUUCCAAUCAUGAUGCUUCCGCUCCAGAACAACCAUACAUCAAAUCUGGCUGGAACCUGAACAACUUUCCUAGGCUUCCUGGAUCGGUCCUUUCUUAUGAAAGCAGUGACAUAUCUGGAGUUCUGGUGCCUUGGUUGUAUAUAGGCAUGUGCUUUUCUUCAUUCUGUUGGCAUGUUGAAGAUCACCAUUUAUACUCCUUAAACUAUUUGCAUUGGGGUGCUCCAAAGAUGUGGUAUGGCGUUCCUGGGAGGGAUGCCUCUAAACUAGAGGAGGCUAUGAAAAAGCAUUUGCCUGACCUUUUUGAAGAACAACCUGACUUGCUUCAUAAGCUGGUCACACAGCUCUCUCCCUCCAUUCUGAAAUCUGAGGGAGUUCCUGUCUACAGAUGUGUUCAGAAUGCUGGAGAUUUUGUUCUAACAUUCCCUCGAGCAUACCAUUCGGGGUUUAACUGUGGAUUCAACUGUGCUGAGGCUGUCAAUGUAGCUCCUGUUGACUGGUUGCCACAUGGGCAGAUUGCAAUAGAGCUUUACUCUGAUCAGGGAAGAAAGACUUCUAUUUCCCAUGAUAAAUUAUUACUUGGUGCAGCAAGGGAAGCAGUAAGAGCACAUUGGGAAUUGAACUUAUUAAAGAAGAAUACUUCUGAUAACUUAAGAUGGAAAGAUGUAUGUGGAAAGGAUGGGAUCUUAGCAAAAUCACUCAAGGCACGAAUUGAAAUGGAGCGCAUGAGGAGGGAGUUUCUAUGCAGUUCUUCACAAGCAGUGAAAAUGGAGAGUAGUUUUGAUGCUGACAGUGAGAGGGAAUGCAGUAUUUGCUUUUUUGAUUUGCAUCUCUCUGCAGCAGGUUGUCAUUGUUCACCAGAUAAAUAUGCAUGCUUGAAUCACACAAAACAGUUAUGUCCUUGUGCUUGGGGUGAUAAAUUUUUUCUUUUCCGCUACGACAUAAAUGAAUUAAAUAUUCUAGUUGAGGCAUUGGAGGGAAAAUUAAGUGCAAUAUACAGAUGGGCCAGACUAGAUCUUGGACUGGCCCUGAGUUCGCAUGUCAACAAAGAAAACAAGCAGGUUAGUAAAUCUAAUUCUGACAGUGGAGCUAAACUUGAAAAUUCACAGCCAUCAGCCAUUUCCUUUAAAGAUCGACAGAUCAUACUAGCAAUGCCUGUAGUGAGCCUUAAUUCAAGUGAUAGGAAUAAGAUAGUAAAAGGAGCCACAUUGCCUUCAAAAGAUACACAGUUGUCAUCUACAGUUUCCAGUUCUGCACAUGAAAUUAUGUUAAAGAGAGAAGUAACUAUUGAUUUGGCAUCCAGUGGAAGAACUUCUAUUUGUCAGUUGUCUCAAGAAGACACAUCGUAUGACAUACAACUGGUUGAAGGGAAAUCAACAGUGAAGAAGAAUUUGGCAAUGAAACGUGAGUGUGUUAUAGUUCUCAGUGAUGAUGAAGGUGGUGAUGUAAAAAAGCCUAGUUCAGAUAGAGAAAAAGAGACUUGUGCUACUAAGCAUCCAGAACUUUCUGAGGGGUUGAUUGUUGCUGAUGAGAAAAUGAACUCUUUUGAUUUAAGUAAAGAUCCAAAUCUAUCUACACCAGUAAUUGAUGCAGUAAUAAAGGUUGAAAAAGUGGACUGUUCAUUACCAAAUGGAAAAGGGAGCAAUUUUUCAUCUUGCUCUACCCAGGGGAAGGAUGAACCCCAAGGAAAUAGUGACCAAGUGGAAUCCAGCCCACUGAAACUUUCAUUAAAUAUAGGAUCUUUGGGUCCAGAAUGUGGGAGUGUUUUGGCUCCUUCAACUAUUAGUGAAAGUAAUGCUCGUAACAUCACAGGUGUGAGGAAUGAUUCUCCAAACCUUUUGCCUUCUAGCAGUGGAAAAUCUGAUGGUGGGACAAGCUCUGCAGAAAUUGCAAGAUCUUUUAAUGGAAAUGCGUCAUCCAGCCAAAACAAUUUGGACAGAUCCUAUCGUCAGAAGGGUCCUCGCAUAGCGAAAGUAGUGCGAAGGAUCAACUGCAUGGUUGAGCCUUUGGAAUUUGGAGCUGUGCUCUCUGGAAAGUCCUGGUGUAACAGCCAGGCCAUUUUUCCAAAAGGAUUUAGGAGCAGAGUUAAGUACAUAAGUGUUUUAGAUCCAUCAAAUAUGUGUUAUUACGUCUCAGAAGUGCUUGAUGCUGGGCGGGAUGGACCUCUAUUCAUGGUUUCCUUGGAGAAUUCUCCAAGUGAGAUGUUCAUCCAUGGUUCAGUUGUCAGAUGUUGGGAAUUGGUAAGAGAUAGAGUCAACCAAGAGAUCACUAGACAGCAUAAAAUGGGAAGACUGAACCUUCCUCCCUUGCAGCCUCCUGGGAGUCUUGAUGGCUUUGAAAUGUUUGGGUUUACUUCUCCAUCUAUAGUGCAGGUGAUAGAGGCAAUGGAUCGAAAUCGAGUCUGUUCUGAGUAUUGGGAUUCUCGACCCUACUCGCGACCUCAAAUACAGAUUCCACAAGCUUGUAGAACCAAAGAUGCUAGCGGAAGGAUGCCAGAGCAAGGAAGUGAUCAAGGAGGAUCCCCUGGUAAUCACCUCUUGCCUAUCGGAGUAGAUACCAUAGUCGGGGGCCUUUUGAAGAAGGCUACCCUAGAAGAACUAAACUCACUGUAUAGAAUGCUAAACGACAGCCAAAACACAGCCAGUAUUGGCGUGGUGACUCAACUGCUUAAUGAAGAGAUUAACAAUCGUCCAAGAUGAUUCAUUUACAGUUCGGUCUCUCGGGUUCCAGAAUCUGCCCGUUGGUGGCCGUUCUUGACUUUGUAUAUACCAUCCAGUUUUUACAGAUUCCAUGUACAUCUCAGAACUGGGUCAUUUUUUUAUAACCUAUUGAGAACGAAAAAUAUGGGGCAAACCAAUUUUUGACCCGUCGAAUUCAAUUGCAAUGGCUGCUUUUGAUGGAAGAAGUUCUCGUGAUUGGGUGUCCAAGGCUAUGCAACAGCAGGCAGGGUAUCUCUCUAAACAUUACUCUUAUACCAUUUUCAUCUCGGAUAUUUUUUUUCUCAUUUACUUUCUGAGUUGUAGUCUAGGAUCCUUGCCUUGUCCAUAACAUUGUAGAAGAUGGUCAUUGAGCAAAAUUUCUUACAACAAAUAAAAUUUCCUUCCCAAAAGUUAUAGCUCCACAAGACAUUUUGAGUUCAAAUCAAUACAAAAUCUCUCACAUAUAUACAUUUUUGGAACUCUUAA